CAUGCCUAUGCAAAAACUCAAACUAAUGCUGUACCAAGGAUGUGGUCGUAAAUCAGACUAAACAGAUGUUAAUCGUUGGUCCCAGCAAAGCAAACAUCUGUAUAAAGGCUUCAGUCUGGCAAUGCUGAGGAGAUAGUUUUGCAGUCAUCAUGAACCGUCUGCACACAUUUCUGCUUCUGCAUGUUCUGACAUGUCUUCAGCAAAAUGGUAAGAAUUCCAUUUUUUUCUCCAAACAUUCCAUGGGAUGCUAAGCUAAUUUUGCAUUUUUGCUUCUAUGCAGCUCACGGGAGCGAUAUCGUACAUGGAGAGAAAGCCCCGGAGAACUCACUGCUGUAUAUGGUCUCAUUGCAGAACAACAAAAGUCAUGUUUGUGGAGGGUUUCUUGUCACUGAGGAUUUUGUGGUCACUGCCGCGCACUGUGUGGACAGUAAACCUACACAUGUUGUUCUCGGCACCCAUAAUCUCAAGGAGCUCCAAAGUGAAAAUAUAGAAAUUGGACAGAAGAUCAUUCACCCAUCUUAUCAGAACGUUGGAAAGGGUGAUGACAUCAUGCUCCUUAAGCUGGCAAACAAAACUCAACUGAACUCCAGAGUGCAAACAAUUCAACUUCCAUCUGGUGAAAUAAACCUAGAAGACAAUGAAAUAUGUCAGGUGGCUGGAUGGGGUAAGACUAGUAGCAACGGUCCCUCUGUGGAUGAGCUGAGAGUGGUGAAUGUGUCUGUCAUUAACCCACAAAAAUGUAAGAAGAUAUGGCACCACCUUCCUGCUAAAGUUAUCUGUGCAGGUGGAUAUGGCACGAACAAGGGAUUCUGUCAGGGUGAUUCUGGUGGACCUCUGGUGUGCAAGGGGAAGGCUGUUGGUGUUGUGUCUGCCAACAGAAAUUACAUCUGUAACUACCCAGAUUUACCCAAUGUCUACACCGAUAUCUCAAAACACCUUGAAUGGAUCAACAAAGUUGUAAAGAAGGGAAUGAAUAAUUAAAAGCAAAACCAGAAACAUUGCUUCAGCACACUUCAGUUGUAUUUGGUGGUGAUGUUAUUCCUCUCAGCUGAGUUGCUUUGUAACAAAAAUAAAAUAGUUAGUAGUAAAUAAUAGUCUUCAUAAACUGUUGUUAUUUUUAAAAAAUAAAGUGAACAGCCCUGAAUGAAAAAGGAAAAUGUCAGUGGCUCCUCUUACAAAACUGCAUACUCGUGGGCUUCACACUGAUGAUAAACAAGAUAAUACAAAUACGUGUGAACUCAACUUCAACGCAGGAUGUG